GAAUCUGGAUCUGGCUGGCCAAGGUCGUAGCCAUCCACCACCCGAGUCGUGCUUGUUUGCUGGGGAUCCCGCGCAGACUGGCCGUCCCGUCCUAGGGCUCCAUGUACGAGGGUAUGUGGACAUGUCGUGGCAUAACGUACAGUAACAAAGAAGAGAAGAUUCAUGGUUCAUGAGAAUCAACUUCUCCGGAAUCCUACAUCUCCACACACUCACUCGCUCACUUACUCACCACACACACACACACACACACACACACACACACACACACACACACACACAUAGACACUCGCACACGCACACAACCCCCCGUACUCCUAAAGUACAAAGUGCUAAUCUUUCCAGACAGAUUGUCAACCGUGUUCUACUCUCCUGUCGUUACCUGCGAGUGGAAACUCCUUGGCGACACGGGACUUCUAUCCCCCCCCCCCACGACUCGUCGUCGUCGUCGCUUGAACUUCCUGGCGACAGUAAACUGAAAAGGAUUUGCAUUGAAGUAUUUACUUCUCGACGCCCUCAUUGGGGGCCGUCCAAACAACCCCAGUCGCCAAAAACACAAAAACACUCGCUCACUUUUAACUGUCUCUACUUUCGUAUCCCCCACCCCCUUUCCCCGUGCACCAACACAACACCGUCACCUCGCACUCGGCUUGACCAGGUGAAAUCACUUGUCAUUGGCCGAACGCAUCUCUGUGCGAACCAGUCGUCGGUACUGCUGCUGCACCUGUCUUGGGACCUCGCGCCACGAACCAAGCUACAACCCUGGAGGGGGGAACAUUUUCCCCUCGCCAUUCACCCGCAUCGCAUUGGAUGGGCUCUUUCUUUUACCUCUUUUUUAUCCAUUUAUUAUUAUUGUUUAUUUUUUUCUUUCGUCCGUUUUGUUUUAUCCCCUGACGGAAACCGUCAAUUCUACCGAGGCACCCCUGUAAUCUGUACCUCACAGAAGAGAUUCCUGGCUAGAAGGGUCGAAAGGGAUCCAUCCUUGGGUGGCCAUUGGAUUCAGCUUCUGUCGACCUGCUCUACUCUACUCUUGCUACGUUCGAGCCAUAACUCGUCGGGAAUCGCACUCGCCAGAGGAAAGGAACAAAAGACCAGUGCCUCCUUUCCCCCCAUUGGACCCGUUGUCCAUACAACCCCUCCAGAUUCAGAAAAGUUCGGUCACUGGUUAAGCAAAGAAUUGGGGCCACCAGUGAAUAUACCCCGGGGUGCCCAUCAUGGGUGACUACUACCACCACUUCCUGGCCUCCAUGUCGGGCGCUGGCCAGAACCCGAGCAAGAUCCCACCAGAGGCAUAUCCGUCGCCAUUUUCUGUCGUGCAGUCGUCGUCGUCAUCCAUAGCAGGCCCGGCAACAUCUUCUUCUUACCAGGCACCUGGCUUUCUUGCUGGCAUCCACGAGCCGCUGAUUUUCAAUCCGUCGAAAUCUCACAAAGUACGACGGAAAUCCGCCCCGGGCAUUGAUCAUGUCAAGCAUAGGCGUACUCGAUCUGGGUGCUUCAUGUGUCGGAGCAGGAGAGUCAAGUGUGACGAGACCCGUCCAAUCUGCGAAAGUAGGCUACCUC